UCUUUAGUCCCCCCACCAACCCUCUUCUGUUCUUUCCCUAGUUGUUAUCCACAUGCCCCAACCUCAGAUGGUCACAGGCUUGCCUUCAAGGAUGGAUUGCGCUCUGCUGCUCGUGACCCUAAUGGUGGCUCUGACCGGAACCGUGACCCCGCAGACAUCUUCAGAGCCGUGCCCAAAGAGGCUGGUGGGAGAAGAGAGAAGAAGGACGUGUCCCCGUCCGUGCAAAGCCGACCUCGAUUGUGGCAGCAAACGGCAGUGUCUGUGCGACGGGCAGUGUGGUCUCAGCUGUGUGGCUCCAGGUCGCACGUGCCCGUGGCCCUUGGCCCCCAGAGAGGACGCGGUGGCUCGUCUCCUCCAUCCCACUCAUUCCUUUUCGGCCCUGCUGGAAGUGCGAUGCAAACCGGGUUUGACGUUACCCAGCGGCCUGGAUGUCGUCAUUCGCCGUUGUCAGGGUGACCGUCGGUGGAGUGGGGACGAGCCCAUCUGCACAGAAGCUGUCCUUCCUGAACCCGGCUCGUCCCCCCCGAAGUGCCCUCUUCCCAAGGAAGUGACGAGCACCUUUACCAUCGAGGGCACCGCCACCGUUGGGACGUCUAUCCGCUACAGCUGCCAGUCAGGGGCCGACAUAGUGGGAAGCGCUGAGAAUUACUGCCAGGAGAAUCAAACCUGGCAGUAUCCACACCCUGUCUGUAAAAAGGUAUACUGCAAAUCUCCUGGCGAGGUGCCGCAGGGCUACGUGGUGGCCGUCCAGAAGACUGAGUACGAGGUGGGCUUCGACAUCCAUUACCUUUGCAAGAAGAACUUCCACCUGGACGGACCCCAAAAGGUCACGUGCUUGGCUAACGGCAGCUGGAGCGCAGCGCCCCCGUUCUGCAGGGCUCGCUGCCUCAUCCCGGCCGUGAGGAGCCGCGUAAUGAUUGACGGCGUGAAGCGUUGGCCCUUUGACAUCACCGACACGAUGGUCCCUCACGGAGAGAACGUCACCUUCUUCUGCAAGCACCUCCACAAGCACUGCAGCUUCAGCGUUGCGCAGUCGUGUUUCGACGGCGAGCUGCGGCCACCGGCCUGCUACCUCGAGCCCACAUGGCUGCAGUUUCAACUCUUCCCUCACCGGCUCGUUUCUGAGAUUGAAACGUGUGACGCCGCCGACGUGGAAACCUUCUGAACGCGACCUUGUCGCAAAAUCAACGCUGCCUGUAACCGCAGGUCUAAUCUGGGCCUCAUUCAGUUUGGUACCAAUCUUUCUCGCACCUUCUGCACCCUUCUCCUCCGUUUAUAUUAAAAAGGUGAUUGAUCAGUGUGACAAUAAUUAAAAAAGGGACGACAGAAAGUACGUUUUAUAUUGUAAACAGUUCUUUAAAGUGUGGGUAAGAAUAACCGUACACAGGGAUGAUCCUGCAUUGUGUUGUAAAUAGCUAUCACCAUGCAGCCAUGUUAAUGCAUACACACAGUGGACACCUCAUUAGGCGCACCCGCGCAAUGCUAACAGAUAAUUCUGUUUUCACAAAAAAGUCUUGUAGAACUGUCUUGAGUUUUCAAAGAAAAGGGGAAAAAGGGAAUAAUUAGAGUCUGUAAUAGAUUAAAUUAAUAUCUUUUUUUGAAAUCUCAUCUACAAAGUUGCAAACAUGCAAUCUGAAGCAUUUUUCAAGUUAACAUUAUUUUUAGCGGAUUGGAAGAACAACAUCUAACAAUGAAAAAUAGCUUCAUAAAGUAAAUCACUGUUUUUAACAGACUUGGAACUUUUCACAACUGAUUUUUGGGGGGAAGCUAUCCACUUAUUUGCAUAAAAAAGACAAAAAAAAUGCUUGUAUUUUAACAGUUUUGUGUUUGGACCAAAGGCCCGCCUCAUAUUAUAAAAACCUCACUCUUUGUACAGGAACGUGCUGCACAUUUUUGGGAAUUCACAGCCUGAUCGUUUUUGACGAAAGAGAAUUUCACUAGUGAGGUUCUCUUCACACUCAGACCUCAAUUUUCGGAGAGAAUCCGACAAAUGCUCAUUUAAUGUUGUGCAUACCUCAUAAAGUGUCCACUCAACUACAUUACACAUUUGCUACCUUGACUAUGUGAUCUUCUUUUUCUCUGCUCAACCUGACGCAUCAAGUCUUAAGGCUUGUAAGUUCUUCUUUUUUUUUUAUUGAUUGGAGUGAUUUGAAAUAAAGUCAACACAGAUUCAA